AGUUCGAUUUGAUUAAACCAUGCGACGUGGAGAUUCUCUGAGUGCCUGCGUAUCAAGUAUCAUAAUCUGCCAGAGCAUCAAGUAACUCCUCAUCAGCCCUUCCUCAUUCCCAGAGAAAACGCAGAAACAGCAGCAGUAGCAGAGGAAGAAGAAGAAGAAGAAAUCAUGGCUUCUACGAAAGAGGAAGUCUCGAUGUUUCUAAAUCGUUCUUCUCGAAUCACCAGGGGCAAGAGGAUGACAAAGUUGCUUGAUGAGGAGGUUGAAGAGGAUGAAGUGUUUUGGAACCAAGAUGCUCUCAAGGAGGACGAGAAUGAUACUAAUUACGAAGAAGAAGUGGAGGUUGCUGAUGAGUUUGACAGCGACUUUGAUGAAGAUGAACCCGAGCCGGAUGAUGAGGAGGAAAAUGAUGUUGAUGAGAGGACACGGACUAAGAAGCGGUUAAUAUUUCCUGGAAAGCCUGCACCAAAGAAGAAAAACAAAAAGAAGGUCCUUUCAAAAUUAGAAAACGUUGCCAAGGAUGAAAAACCUUUAGAUACAGAGGAGUCUAACUUACCUGAACAUCAGGAUGUUCCUGAUGAUUUAGAGGGUGAAAGAAUCGUGAGAAAGUCUACUAGAACUUCAGUCAUUGUACGGCAAGCAGAGAGAGAUGCAAUACGUGCUGCUUUGCAAGCAACAAUGAAGCCAAUAAAAAGGAGAAAGGAAGGUGAGGAGAAGAGGAUGACCCAGGAAGAGAUGCUUCUAGAAGCAGCCCAAACAGAAAUCAUGAAUUUGCGAAAUUUAGAGCGUGUAUUGGCAAGGGAGGAAGAAGUCAAGAAAAGAGCCGUUGUGCAUAAAGAAGUUUACAGUGGUCCUCAAAUAUGUUAUUCUUCAAAAAAUGGAAAAUCCUUUCUGGAAUUCAGCAAAGGGUUGUCAUUUCAAUCGGAGAUCUGUACGACGGCAGUACCAUUAUUCAAGAUUUAUAAUAUAUGUAAAAGAAUGAAGAAGAAUAAAGAUGGAAGAAGAGGAGAGGGAAAAAUGUAUGAUAGGGAGGAGAUGGUGAGAGAGUCUAAAAGCGCUAAUCACAACUGUAUUAAUAGAAUCAAGUGAAAGGACAGAAAUGCCCUUAGCACUAAAAACCAACUAAAACCAGACACCAUCUACACCACUAUACCAUGACACGUGCACAACCGAUCCCCCUCAAGCUAGUGCAUAGAUAUCACGAGUUCCCAACUUGUACAAUAACCAAAAGAGCCAGAACCUUUAAACAGCUUUAGUAAACAUAUUGGCAAUUUGGUCAUUAGACCUGUCAUAUGGAAUUCAGAUUUUAUUACACUGGUGGUGCUCUCUUGUAUGAAAUGGAAUAUGUACUUCAAUUUCUUAGUUCUUUUAUGAAAUGCCAGAUUACAGUGGUGAUGCUCUCUCGUACAAAAUGGAAAAUCUAUUUCGAUAUACUGAGUUCUUUAUGAAAUACCAGAUUAGAAGCAAUAUGGGGUUACUUUAUGAUCAGGAAACAAGGUCAUGGAAUAAGAUCCAAAAACCUAGCUCUGCUAUAUCAAUGACUGUAAGCUAGAUGUUGUAUUGUAUGGAAUGUGCACACCAUGGCACUAUGCCUCGACAGUCGAUCAGGCCACAAUGGACUGCUUAUGUCUGCAAGUGACCAAGUUCCAGCCAAUAAAACUGUAAUGAUGAGAUGUUGAUCACUGAACAUUAACUGAACUGGCCCAGUUAGAAUCAAUGCACCAAAAAUAAAUAAAUAAAUAAAUAAAAGAAAAGAAAAAGAAAAAGAGAGAGAAGAUAAUACCACUACUUAGAGAAGCUUUAAAUAUCGAAGAAUCUGACGAAAAACAUCCAUAUAAGAGUCAUGUGGAGCAUGUAUAAACUAGCUAAACUAGAGUUCUGAGGAAUCCUGGUCUUUCAAGUAUGGGAUGUGUUUUGAGAAAUGAUAUAGGUGAAAUUCUAGUGGUAUUUUUGGGGGCCAUAUAGUGAUGUGAGGCCUAACGAGGAGAAAAUUAUGGCUCGCAGACAAGGGGUAUGUAUUUGUGCUGACCCCUAUCUCUGCAAUCUUGUUUUAAAGGGUGAUUCUUGAAAUGCAAUCAGAUGGGUGACUUUGAUGUUGCAGGGCUACGGAAAUAUGCUUUUUGUAUAUAUAAGAAAUUAGGUCCCUUUUGGCCAAUAGGAGGGUUUUCCUUUGAAUAUUCCUAAGGAGGCACAUGAAAUAAGCCGAUUCCAUAGUCCCUUGUGAGAGAUGGAGCCAUGACAGGGUCAAGAGGCUCUUCAUUGUGCUGCAAGCCCAUGGAAAUACGCUCUUAAAAAAAUAAAUCCAAAA